CUGUAGGUAACAGUUACCUGUACCUUCCUGAAGAUGACAGCACUGUAACCAUAAAACAGUGUUCUAUAUCUAUGAGUGUAACACCAUUAAACUGUAAAAAGCACAACAACAAAAAAACUGUCGUAAAAUGCCAAGUAGUGUCGUGCUUUUUGGCUUCGGUAGAUGCUAGAUCGGAUCCGCUAGAUGUGUAGACGUCAAAGAACGUUCCUCAUGACCCGCCUUAUUCGGCUUCUGAUUGGCUUACCCUGGUAUUCUUUCCCUAACCCUAACCAAUCCUCACUCCCUAUGCCUAAACCUAACUACGUCGAUCAUUGUAGCAUAUCCGAUUUAGAAUCUUCCCAUGCUUUUCCUCAGUAGUGUUAAAUACUAGUAUGGCGGCGUCCAGUGUUUUCAGACCGGGCUUGUUCAACCAUAAAGUUGCAAUAGUAACGGGUGGCGGGACCGGUAUCGGUAAAGCUAUCUCUGCAGAGCUGCUAGAGCUGGGUUGCAAUGUGGUGAUCUCCAGUAGAAAGGCAGAGAGGUUGGAGGCAGCAGCUCAGGAGAUGAGACAAAAACUCCCUGCUUCCAGCCCUGCACGUGUCACUCCUCUACCAUGUAACAUCCGAAACGAGGAUGAGGUGAAGAAUCUUGUGUCGUCAGUGCUGAAAGAGUACGGCAGGAUAGACUUUCUGGUGAACAAUGGAGGAGGUCAGUUCACCAGCCCAGCAGAACAUAUGUCCUCUAAAGGCUGGAAAGCUGUGGUAGACACCAACCUGACUGGAACCUUUCACUGCUGCCAGGAGGUCUACACUGCGUGGAUGAAACAGCAUGGAGGUGUGAUCGUCAACAUCAUUGCUGACAUGUGGAAAGGUUUCCCAGGCAUGGCCCACACAGGGGCAGCCAGGGCAGCAGUGGACAACUUAACAAAGAGUCUGGCCAUUGAGUGGGCAUCCUCAGGAGUCAGAGUCAACUCUGUUGCACCUGGCACAAUCUUUUCCAAAACUGCAAUGGAGAACUACAAGGACUUUGGCCCAAAUCUUUUCAAGAUGUCUGUUCCAUUAUGCCCUGCAAAGAGGCUGGGAGUACCAGAAGAGAUCUCAUCAGCGGUGUGUUUCCUGCUCUCCCCUGCUGCCUCCUACAUCUCUGGAGCCACCCUGAAGGUUGAUGCAGGGCAGAGUCUGUACCACUCCAUGUGGGAGAUACCCAACCACAGUGCAUGGCCUGAGGCUCCAGAGGGGGAGAACCUGGAUGCUCUGAAGGACCUGCUCAACCCACAAAGCAAACUCUAAAUCACUUUUGUGGCAUUGUCUGAGCCCAGUGCAUAAACACACUUACACACACUUGGACAACAAGCAUCAUGGACAUUGAGCUGUACAGGCACCGCAGGCACUGUCAAAGAAACAAGACACCAUAGUGGCCUGGUUAUAUUGAAAGAUGGUGUGAUUGAUUAUUGCAAAACAUGUACAAAAUUGUAUGUAAUUAACAGCAACAUGAUUGUCUGAUUGUGUCUGACUGAGUUGUGACAAACGGUUGAAAUGUAUGUAGAAUAUUUUUCCAAUGCCUUUGUAAGUUGGUAGGUUAACAUACAGUGUUUGGUCUGUAAGUGCUACAAAGUCCUUUACAAAUGGAGACCGAAACAACAAAGGAAAAUGGCAAUGAUAAUGAUUAAAUCUGCACUGUUUUAGUGUCUCUGAGGCUGUUUCAAAGUCAGGAGCUGCAAUAUCAAAAGCAAGAUCAACUUUAGUUAGCCCGGACCUUGGACUAAGCUCCUACUCUGAUGAGAUGGGAAAGCAGCCUUUUUUUUUUUUUUUUUUUUUUUUACAGGGACCUGAACAUGUUAUUCUUUGUAAGUGAAACAUUUGUGAUGUAGAUGAUCAUUAAGAAAGCAAAACAAUCAGUAAUACAUGGAGAACGUUUGACACAGAAUGUCUGUGAUAUACAUUGUUACUUGAUAUAAUGUAUCACGCUCCCUUUAUUUUCUAAUAUUUAAGGGGAAACAGAUAAGUGAAGUUCAUUGUUAUUAAACUAAUGCCUAAUGAAAAGACCAAAUACAUAUCUGCGGCCUAUUAAAAUUAAAAUUUAAUUAUUAUUUUUUUAAAUUAAUUAAAUUAAAAUAGCACAUUGAUACUUCUUUAAAAUUGGAUAGAAUGUAAUGAUCUGAACAGUAAUUACGAAUACAGUAUAUAGUUACAUAUAUGAACAAUAUAAAUACGAAUUGUAGUUAUAUUGUAUUUUAAUUUGUUAUGCUGAAAAAGCUUACAUAAAUUAACAAACUGAUAUUAACUGUUGUACGCUGUACGUGACGUGUAAUUCGUUUGCAUUAAAAGAAGAACUCCAAACGC